CUUCAUAAAAAGAUGAAUGCACUUGGGGGCACAUUAUUAUUAAAAUAAAAUUCCUCAUUUCAUAACUUUUGUUUUGCCUCCUAGCUUUCUUCCUCUUACUCUAAGCUAUUAAGCUCUCCCUCUCUGUCUCCCUUUCUCUCUCAUAGCUCCUUUGCUUCCGUUUCAGAUCUACCCAGUUGGAGUUUGUUGGAAAUGGGACGCGGUGUUAGCAGUGGAGGUGGACAGAGUUCAUUGGGCUACUUGUUUGGAAGUGGAGAGGCUCCUAAGCCAGCGGUUAAUAAUCCUCCAGCCAAUACUAGUGCUGCACCGGCUGUAAAAGAUGCACCAAAGCCUGUUGUUAAUUCCCAGCCUGUAGAUUUUAAGAAUGUUCCUGCUGGUGUUAAUAAUAAUAUAAACAACUAUCACCGUGCUGAUGGUCAGAACACUGGCAAUUUCAUCACGGACCGACCCUCGACCAAGGUUCAUGCUGCCCCAGGUGGUGGAUCUUCUUUAGGUUAUUUGUUCGGUGGUGGUAGUAAGUAGUAACUAGCAAGACUAAAUGGCCACCAUUUCAAAUAUAGAUAUCCAAGUGUUGAGUUUGUUUAAAGGUUGUUAAAUCUUCUAUUGUUGAUGCUCAAAAAAUGUGGAUUAAUAUCAUGUAAUCAAACUUGUAGAUUUGGUGUUUUCUGAGAAUUUCUUUUAUGUUUCAAAGAAUCACUGUUCUUAGUGACCCAGAAACAAAGCUUUUUCUGUUGCAGGCUUCUAAACUUUCUUGGACAUUUUAUUGACUUCUUUGUACAUGUCAUUUUUUUACUGUCAAAAAAUGAUUGAUUUGAAAGAGACUUGCCGCAAAAAAAAUCAAAUUUUGGAAAAAAAUUUUGGCACAUAAGACUUGAGAUGUUCUGAGUGCGAAUCAAUUAAGGGUCCAAUACUAGAUCCCCUCAAGAAAUAUUACUUUACUAUAUUUUUUAUU